AUGAAGUAUAUGCAACUGAAUUGUUUGGUGGUCUUUGGUGCUAUGCUGGCAUCGACCGCCACAGCCGCGUAUUUCCCAGGUGGUCUUCUCUCUCCCCAUUUUACAUCUUUGGAUAAGCGCACUAUACCAACAGCAGAUAGUGAUGGCGUCUGCUACACUUAUGCUGUCCAGGCUGGAGAAACAUGUACCAGUAUUGCCGCGGCCUUCGGCAUCACGAUAGCUGAGAUCGACGAGUACAACACCGGCGUAUGGGCUUGGGACGGAUGUAACGAUGUCAAACAGGGCGCGAUUAUUUGUCUGAGCUCUGGCUUGCCUACUAUGCCUGUUGCGCUUCCACAUGCCAUAUGUGGGCCUCAGGUGCCUGGAACGGCAAGACCUACCAAUAUGUCCGAGUCCUAUCUUGCUUCUCUAAACCCUUGUGUUUUGAACGAAUGUUGCUCAUCUUAUGGUGAAUGUGGUACUACUUCGCUUUAUUGCAGUUCAAUUGAAUGUAUCUCGAAUUGUGACGCAAAAGCUGCCAGUGCCGUCACUACGAGUACAGCUUCCAAGGAGUCAUCGACAACGACGGCGGCCAAAACAACCUCCACAAAGUCAACCUCAACUUCCACUACGUCUACCACAAGCAAGACAUCCACAAAGUCAUCAACUACAUCCACCACAAGCUCGACAAGCUCGAAAAAGACGUCAACAAUGACAACGAAAACAGUAACAACAACAGCUGACACGUCUGCAUCGACAUCAACGCCCUGGUCGAUCACAAUUUAUUACGAGCCUAAAUGUGAUGCCGGCGAUCAGGGUUACUAUCUUGUUGGAGGAUGGAAUUACGACAGAACGGAUGACUGUCUUGUUUUGAGUGGAGGAGAUCUGCCCACUGAUGACAAUGGCUCUGAUCCGUGGUGUCAGUGGUGGGCGGAUGGCGGUAAUGCCGGCUACACUAGCUGUGGGCUAUCUACGCUUGUGCAUCCACAGUCAUAUUAUAUCACGUCUGGUCAAUGCUGGACCUAUUCGGAUGAUGCUUGCUCAGACUAUUCGGGGGAAGUUUAUUCUCCCAUUAUUGGCUGUCAAUACCCCGGGAAAAAGAGCUGGAAUCCGACUACUAUUCGUUCUAUGCAAUGUGCCGGGAUUUGA